CAUGCCGGGGAUGGACACAUAGGAUAACAUGCCGGGGAUGGACACAUAGGAUAACAUGCCGGGGAUGGACACACAUAGGAUAACAUGCUGGGGAUGGACACGUAGGAUAACAUGCCGGGGAUGGACACAUAGGAUAACACGCCGGGGAUGGACACAUAGGAUAACAUGCCGGGGAUGGACACAUAGGAUAACACGCCGGGGAUGGACACAUAGGAUAACACGCCGGGGAUGGACACAUAGGAUAACACGCCGGGGAUGGACACAUAGGAUAACAUGCCGGGGAUGGACACAUAGGAUAACA